AUGGCGACAACCGUGCCAAAGUUACCUCCCGCCGCGACCCAACUAGUACCCGUCUUCCCCACGUUUACGCCCGAAGAGCUCGCCGCGCUCCCUCACGAUAAUGCCGGGCCCAGGUUGAACGUCGUGAUGUGGGUAUUGAUUGCAGUUUCCACCAGCUUCCUGGCCAUGCGGGUCUACUGCAAGUUUGCACGCCAUAACAGAUUGUGGUGGGAUGACCACAUCCUGAUUGCGGCUUGGGUUUGCAUCGUCAUCGAGUCAUGCUGCCUCUCCUCCGCCAUCAGUCUCGGCUAUGGCUACCACAUCUGGGAUUCUCCGCUCGACUCUCGUAUCAUGCCGCUCAUCAACGUUGCCGGGACGUUUACAAUCAUUGCCGCAAUAUGGUCAAAGACCAGCUUUGCCAUCACCUUGCUCCGGCUGACUGAUGGUUGGAUGAAACGGGCGGUCUGGUUCAUCAUCAUAUCCAUGAACAUUGCCAUGGGCUUGAGCGCCUUGUUCGCCUGGAUACAAUGCACGCCACUGCGCAAGGCCUGGGAUAUAUUCAUCCCCGGACAAUGCUGGGACCCGAAGGUUAUCAUCUACUAUGACAUUUUCUCUGCUGCGUAUUCGGCACUCAUGGACUUCGCCCUCGCAAUUCUGCCAUGGAAGCUCAUCUGGCGUCUGCAGAUGAGGAGAAAAGAGAAAAUUGGCGUGGCUCUGGCUAUGAGCAUGGGUAUCUUUGCUGGUGUGACAUCCAUCAUUAAAAUAACAAAGAUUCCUACUCUUUUUAACCCAGACUUCUAUUUCCAAGUCGAUCUCUGGAUAUGGGGCAAUGCCGAGACAAAUGUCACCAUUGUUGCAGCCAGCAUUCCUGUGCUCCGCGUCCUUGUCAAGGAGGUCAAGUCUUCAGCACGUCGAUACUAUGUCUCGACCGAGGACCAUACGACAAACAGAUCGGGCUACCGCAACCAGCACACAAUCACCAUAUCGGCUGGUCGCAAUUCGCGCCACCAGAGGAUACGGUCACAGGACGCCCAGAGCGACAAGAGCAUCCUGGACGACAAGCCAGGGAUUGUGAGAACAAAGGAGGUUGCAGUCGAGUACCACAAAAGAGAGGAGCGUCGAGAUGAGGAUAUCGAGCUGGGCCGGGUUGGGUGA